AUGUCCUACCAGGAUAUGGAGACAAGGCAACAAUCCUGUUCUGCUUCUUCAGUUAGCUAUGUUAUUGAGUCAAAUGAAGAAAGAAAGAGAACUGAUGAGAAUGCGUGCACGAAAGAUGGAUCGCUUGAUCGCCAUGGCAAGCCAGCCAUGAAGGGGAGAACUGGAGGAUGGAGAUGUGCAAUGUUAAUACUAGUGAAUCAAGGACUUGUUACGCUUGCAUUUGCUGCAGUGGAGGUGAAUUUGGUUCUGUUUUCGAAGUCUGUUCUAAGGCACACUAAUGCAGAGGCAGCAGACACAUUUAGCAGAUGGAUGGGAACUGUUUAUCUUUUCUCUUUUAUGGGUGCUUUUCUAAGUGAUUCCUACUUGGGAAGAUACCUGACAUGUGUCACAUUUCAGGUUCUCUACCUUAUUGGGUUGGUAUCACUAUCCUUGGUGACGCAAUUGUUUCUACUAAAACCUCAAGGUUGUGGCAAACAGGGACAGUUAUGUGAACCUCAUUCUCCAGCUGAAAUUGCAAUAUUUUAUGUAGCAAUCUAUCUAAUUGCUUUAGGCAAUGGAGCCCCUGAACCUGCACUUGCUGCAUUUGGAGCUGACCAGUUCGACGAGGAGGAUGAUGAAGAAAACCAAUCAAAGAACUCAUUUUAUAGUUAUUUUUAUGUGGCCUUAAACCUGGGAUCCUUGGUUGCUGAGACUGUAUUGGUAUAUAUACAGAACAUUGGCAACUGGAUCCUGGGGUUCUGGAUAUGUGCCACUUGUGCAAUGGUAGCUUUUUCGUUGCUAUUGUGUGGGAGUUUUAGGUACAGACACUUCAGGACUGUUGGAAACCCCAUCUCCAAGUUCUGUCAGGUGAUAGUAGCUUCCAUGAGGAAAAUAAACCUUCAAGUACCCUCAGAUGGGGAAGGGCUUUAUGAAGUUCAAAGAAAGGAAGACAAAAAUAGUGGUGUCAGAAGAAUUCUUCACACUGAUGCCUUCAAAUUUCUUGAUCGAGCUGCCAUUAUCACCCCACAAGACAUUUUCUUGCUAACAAACAAGGGUGAAACAGCAAAUCCAUGGUAUCUUUGCACCAUCACACAAGUUGAAGAAGUGAAGUGCAUACUAAGAUUACUUCCAAUAUGGCUCUGCUCCAUUUUAUCCUCUGUAGUGUUCAUACAAAUGCUUUCCCUCUUUGUCGAGCAAGGAGCUGCCAUGGAAACAACAAUCUGGAACUUUCACAUCCCUCCAGCCAGUAUGUUUGCAUUUGACAUCGUAAGCACAUCUGCUUUCAUUCUAUUGUACGACAAACUCAUGGUUCCUUUAUACGUCAGACUCACAAAAAGAGAGCCUAAGCCUCCAUCCGAGCUACAAAGAAUAGGGAUCGGUAUAGCCAUCGCCAUGGUGUCCAUGAUAAUUGCAGGCAUCGUUGAGCAACAAAGACUAAAAUAUGCUAACCACAAUGGUGAAGAGACAAGUGCUUUAAGCAUUUUCUGGCAGACUCCACAGUAUGUGCUCGUGGGAGUGUCUGAGGCAUUGAUAUAUGUUGCCCAAAUGGAAUUUUUUGCAUCCCAAACACCAGAUGGAUUGAAAAGUUUGGGAAUUGGGUUGUCCAUGUACUCUUCAGCCAUGGGUAGUUACAUAUGUAGCAUAGUUUUGGCAGCAGUGAUGGCAAUUACAUCAAAGAAUGGGAAGCCUGGUUGGGUUCCACCGGAUCUGAAUGCUGGACAUUUGGAUAGAUACUUCUUUUUGUUAGCUGCAUUGGCUGCACUUAACUUGGCCCUUUUUGUUGCUUGCGCUAAGCGGUAUAAUCCCACAUCUUUUGAAAAGAGAGCUGAAGAGGUAGAAAUGGAGGCUAGAGAUCAAGCCAGUGAAGCUUGA